AUGAAGGGGAUUAUGCGUUUCGAAAAGAAAUGGAAGUUAAGCCCAAAGUUUAUAGGUCCUUUUGAGAUAUUGGACAAAUUGGGACAAGUAGCAUAUCAGUUGGCCUUACCGCCAUCAUUAGCUGAAACACAUGAUGUUUUUCAUAUAUCUAUGUUAAGAAAGUAUGUAUUAGAUCCAUCUGAUGUGCUCAAUUACGAGGCUCUAGAAUUAAAGCAUAAUUUCAGCUAUGAAGAACGACCAGUACGCGUUCUAGAACAAGGAACUAAGGAGUUAAGGUCCAAAAGUAUCCCUAUAUUUAAAAUCCUAUGGAGCCAUAUCACUGAAAGAGAUGCAACGUUGGAGAUGAAGGAAGACAUGAGGGAACGGUAUCCUGAGGUAUUCAAUAAGGCACAUAGUUCGCCAUCGGCCAUACCUCAUGUGGACAUACUUGCUGUGGAGCUUGAGCUGCUGGUUGAGGCUGUGGCUGAGUCUGAGGUUACGGCAGAGUCUAUUGUCGUUAUUGCUUCUGCAAUUCUUCCACUUGUUGAUGUAGUCUGA